CGUAGCCGUACCUCGGUAUCUCCUGCGACGUCAAUUCCUCGUUUUGCUUUGGGCGGGUUGAGCUUGGGUAAUUUGCCAAUUAUCUUAUUUUAGGUACUUUUACUUACCGAUGAGAUGUGAUGGGUUUUGUUUCUUGUAAUUGUUCUUGCUUUGCUCUUACCAGUUACCACUAGUUACACCACUACGCUACGAUAGCUAUACUUCGAUCUAGACCGGACUAUGGUCGUAAUCGAGUAGACAGACAGACGGACAGACAGCAUCUGAUAUCCCCUUUCCUUUCCGUCAGCUUCGUGUUAGCUCAGCAUCUCGACCAUGGCGGGCCAAGUACGGCAUCCGAUCGAUACAGCAGCGUUAGAACGCUACAUAGCUCAGAACGUCCCCGAGAUCAAGCUACCGCUAGACGUGAAGCAGUUCGGCUUCGGCCAAUCCAACCCAACCUACCAACUCACCUCCCCCAACAAAACCCGCUACGUCCUGCGCAAAAAACCCCCCGGCAAACUCCUCUCGCAAGCCGCGCACAAAGUCGAACGCGAGCACCGCGUCAUCGCCGCCCUCCAGCACACCCCCGUCCCCGUCCCCCGCGCGUACGCCCUCUGCGAGGACCCCGCCGUCCUCGGCACCCCCUUCUACAUCAUGUCCUUCGUCGACGGCCGCAUCGUCCACGACCCGUCAAUACCCUUCCCACACGCCCGAACCCCCGCCGAGCGCGAGGCCCUCUGGCGCGCCGCGGUCGAAAGCCUAGCCGCUUUACAUAGCGUCGACCCGGAUGCCGUGGGCUUGGGCACGUUCGGGAGGAAAGGCGGGUUUUACGCGCGCCAGCUGGAGACUUGGACGCACAUCUGCCGUGUCCAGGCUCGCGCUAGGGAUGUCGAGACCAAAGAGCCGGUGGGCGCGAUACCGCAUAUGGACGAGCUGGUGGCGUUUUUCGCCGACGAGGCGUUGCGGCCGCGGGAUAGAGCUACGCUUGUGCAUGGCGAUUACAAGAUUGACAAUGUGGUGUUUGCGCCCGAGGAGCCGCGUGUGGCGGGCAUUUUGGACUGGGAGAUGAGCACGAUCGGACACCCGCUGUCGGACCUGGCGAACUUGCUCAAUCCGUUCUACCUUGUUUCGUUAUCGCAGUCACCGUCUUUCGCCCCGUAUUCGUCGCCGUCGUCUUCGAAAGAUGGGGUUCCGAGUCAGAGCGAGGCUAUAGCGGCUAUAACCAACGCAGGUUUCCUCCCCGGUGCUACACCCGGCCUUCCCACACCCUCCACGGUGUUAUCUUGGUACGCGGCCGCCGCGGGGUGGGAUCCACGACCCGACGAAGUAGCUUGGGCUUGCGCGUUCAGCGUGUUCCGGCUCGCGGCUAUCUGCCAGGGCAUCGCGGCGCGUGUCGCUACGCGUCAGGCUAGUAGUGCCGACGCUCGUCGACAUGCUGCUGCUGUACGACCGCUCGGCGAGUUUGCGUGGGAGCUGGUGAGGAAAGAGAAGGAGAGACGGACGGCUACGUCCAGUAGUAGCGCGAAGCUAUGAUGAAUACAUAUCUACCAUCGUCGUAUUUUUGCCACUCUCACUGUGUUGCUAAGGCUUUGAAUCUAAAGUGAAGGAUUUGGCUAGACGGAAGUAGGAAGUUUUACAUCUUGCUGGAAGCUUCCAAACAGUGGUGAGAUUACUUGGGCCGGAAUAUGAGCUACGAUCACAAAAUCAGCAUUCAUCUCGUGUAUCAUUUAAUUAGGUUAAGCCAACAUAUUUGUAUUUAUUUUCAAUGAGUCAUUAGUUAUACAAAUCAAUAGCUUUGAACAGCUACCUACGUUAGAUAGUGUACAAUGACAAGUAGC